CUGAAAUAAAAGCGAUAGCUCUAUUAUAGUUGAAAAUCUAUAUACGAGAAACUCCACCGAUAAAUUAAUUGGGCAAAAGAGCACAGGUGUCCGCAUCUCUGCAAGUUGAAGCUACAUGAUUCCCUUACCAGCCGUAAAUUCAUCAGAGCUCCACAUCUUCAUAUACCAAUAGUUUCGAGGAGGAAGUACUUCACCUUGACUACAUGGCUUCCUCUCGCCCCCCUACCAGUACUUGCUCGAGUCCUCCCUUUCGCAGGCACAAGCAACUGAUCACUUUCAAGGAUCCCCAAGUUAGAUGCCAAAGCUUUCGAGAAGAUGGAACAUCUGCAAAUAUCGUGGAUGCAAAUCUGGGUAUUCUGAGAGGCAGAAUAGCAGAAGUAAAGAUGAAGGAGAAGUUGGACGCAUGGUGCAGACUGAAAAAUGGCUGGAAUUAUCAGUCUGGUUAUGAUCACAAAUACAAGAGAGAUGCUAUGUUAUCCGAGUCUUUAGAAAUUAUGGGGUUUGCCAGCGGUGCACUUGGGUUCGUCUUUCUUUCCGGCUCUCUUUGCAUCUGGCUUGUUUCUCUCCUAGUUCAUUUGACUCCAUGAAAGGGAGUAAAGAAAUCUUGUAAGUAUAUUUUUAUCUACAUAUAUAUUGUGGAUGCAGCUCUUGCUUAGAUCUGUUCAGCUCCAUAAGGCAAGACUUCGCUCCACCGAAUGUAUCUUUUUUCUAUCCUUAGGAGGACAAGAAAGGGUGGGAAAGGGAAACAAAUUAAAGAAAAAGCACCAGAUAUUUAUUAUUAGUGAUAUACGACGCAAGUUCAUAAAAAGAAUAUAAUAUGUGACGCAAGAGAUGCCCCAUCUUUGAAUGUAUAACAAUGUUCUGCUCUUCUAAAAUUAGGGCUUAAUUUUACACAGAAGUGCAGCAGACGAACACUUGGAGGCACCUCUUCUAUUCAUAACAAGGGAAAAGAACAUUUAUCUGGUAGGAAGUGUAGAAAUGUAACUGGCCGUAACUAUCAACUGACACACAUCUCACGUUAGGAGGCAGUCAUAAUAUUCAAUCAAUGACACCAAGCCACUAAGAGUGUUCAUCCCAGCGCGGGAAAUGAGAAAGAUGUUGUCUUUAUCCAGAGAAUUUCGACAGAUAGUAUAUUUAGCUCUUACAAAGCCAGAAUCUGAUUCUACUCGACACAUAAAGUUGAAAGGAGGGGAUACAU